GUGAACACCAGAACGAGAUUAACGUUCUGGCAAACGAGAAUUGAGUGUAGAAGAAUAACUCUUUUUUUUUAUACAAGUUGGAAUAAAAUGUGGCUUUUCUUUACAUAAGUUUUCCGCGUGUAAACAGUGGCAGACAUGUUUCGAGCCCUGGAUUACAUUAACUAUGACAACCUGAGAAUAAACCGAAAUGAGAAGAGUUCUGAGUCGCAGACGGAGCCCCUGUCCAUGCUGGAUCUGUGCUGCAAAGCCAUCAACACCCAUCCCAUGCUGGCGGAACUGACACUGAAAUCCGUGCCCUCACACCUUGCACCCACCCUGCUCAGAGCGGCAGUGAACUUCCGUCAGCUGCCAGCCGUUAGCAGCAUCUUAUCUAACUGGCCUCUUCCAUAUCUCAGACUUCAAGAAGUGCUGGGAGACCGCCACAUCGGAAUAUUUGAAGAAGAGCUUGGCUUUGAUCUUGUGAUAUUUCGCGGAGUCAUCUUCCGCACCAAGGCAUGCAAGCUGAAAUGUUUAGACAUGAGGGGCUUCAAUCUCAAUGCCACGUUCAGUAAACUCGUCGUUCAGAUGUGGCCCGUGCUGUCGUUGAAAAAAAGCCAACUUAAUCCAAAAAGGUUGGCCAAAGUGAUUGCUAAAACUGCUGGUGUAGAAGCCACUCGUUUAACGGAGGAGGUUCUGCCGCGACUCCUCAAUGAGAUUCUCGGCAACGACAUGGUCAAACACUGCAACGUGCACAUCAACAUUCCAAAAGGUGAGAGAAUGGUCGUAAAGAUAGACUGUCUUCAGUUCAGUACUAACAAUGCUUUCUUCAUGGACUACUUGAUCAGUAACUGUUUGAGGAGCAUCACACCAUUAUAUAUCCAAGUUUCUGCACUACAUAUUAGGUCUGAACUUCAGCUUGGUGAUGAAAUCAUCGACAGUUUAGCCCCGUUUAUUGUCCUUCGUGGCCAGGAGGUUGAGACACUUGAAGGAAUCUCUCUGCGCCAGCUGGAAGAGAACGUCUUUUUCAUCAUCGCCUCCGAUCUCAAGAAGUUCUCCCGCCUGCGCGCACUCGACCUGCAGGACUGCAACAUCUACCUCCAGGAAGGGAAGACCCGCAGCCGGACGUCGGGUCGCAAGCAGAUCGGGGAGACACUGCACUGCUUCCAGCACCUGGUCCGCCUCGACCUUGGCUUCAACUACAUGAUCGGCUGUCUGGGCGAGGUGCUCGACUCACUGCAGCAGCCACUAGAGUACCUCAGCCUGCGGGGCUGCGACCUCAACGAGCAGGACCUCGACUGUCUGGCGCACUCGAAGCACGCCACCCAUCUGCGGGAGCUGAACGUCAGCAAGCUGUGCCAGUUCAGCAUGUUUGACAUGGGCCGGAUAGCGCCCACCUACCUCCUGACGAUCAUGAAACACUUCCCGCGACUGGCCGUCCUCAACCUGUCGCAGAACCAGCUGCCCGACGCGUCCAUUCCCGAGUUCUGCCGGACCGUCUCCACCGUGAUGACGCAGCUCAAGAUGUUGGACAUUUCGGCGAACAUCAUUCUGGCGGACACCCAGCUGGACCUGGUGCGCGCGUGUGCCAAGGUGCGGACGAUGCAGAAGUUGAGGCUGACGUGCACGACCUCGUUCACGGAGGAGGCGCGCGCCCCGCUCGACUGGCCCAUCCAGUGCGAAUCGAGGAAAAGACUCUUGAACGUUUUCAAGUCGCUCGGACGCAGCGACAUCAGCGUUGAGGUCAUCAAACUCUCCGAUGCCAUCUUUGUUGACUUGAUAGACGUAUUUGGAUGAUCGAAAUCAAAUAGUUUGUGCACGGCAUAAUUCAUAUUCAAAUAAUAUCGGGGGUGGGGGGGGGGGGGGGUGAAGUGGAGAGGCAACAAAUGUGUUUUUCAUGGAAGUUGGACCAUGACAGUUUAACAUCAAGUCAUCGUAAAGUGUUACAGGACUAAACUAUGAUUUAGGCAAAUUGCAUGUGUGUCAGGAUGGGACCAGGUGAUGGUCUCUGCAUGUUUGAUGUACGAUGGGACUGGGUGAUAGUCUCUGUGUGUUUGAUGUAUGACGGGACCGGGUGAUAGUCUCUGUGUGUUUGAUGUAUGACUGGACCGGGUGAUAGUCUCGGUGUGUUUGAUGUGACUGGGUUAUGUGUGCUAGAUUUUUGUCUCGACUAAAGUGGAUUGUAGUUUCAACAAUUCUGUGGACAUUUGUUUGUUUUGACUGAAUUGUAGACUCUACCUUUGUCCAGACUAGACUUGUUUGUAGGUGCUGCAUGUUUGUCUAAGCUAGACUUAGUUGUAUGAUCUACACGUUUAUCUGGACUAGACUUAAUUGUAGGCUCUACAGGUUUGUCUAGACUAGACUUGGUUGUAGGCUCUACAUUCUACGUUUGUCUAGACUAGACUAGACUUGGUUGUAGACUACAUUCUACGUUUGUCUAAGACUAGACUAGGUUGUAGGCUCUACAUGUUUGUCUAAGCUAGACUUGGGUCGUAGGCUCUACAUAUUUGUCUAGACUAGACUAUGUUGUAGGCUAUACAUAUUUGUCUUAACUAGACUUGCUUGUAUAGGCUCUACAUUUGUCUAGACUGGACUUUGUUGUGCUCUCUGCAUAUUUUGUCGAGUUGUCCGGGGAAGUCAAUGUGCUAAUUUGACUGUUGCAAUCGACUGUGACAUAAUUACUCUCAACUCAAUUCUGUGGACAAGCAUUUUGAAACCCAACACUUUAUUUAAAAUCUUCCUGUUUCACUUUGUUCGUUACAUUUGUCAUUAAAAUCUUUUCACAU